GGGGCCAGGCUCGGGCGGGGCCGCGGGGGUCUGCAGGGCGCGGGGAUCGUUAUAGCGGUUCUACCCCUCAGGACGCAGACAUGGCGACCGAGAAGGACCAACAGAGGGAUUCCGAGCCGGAAGGGCUGAGCGCCACGACCCUGCUGCCGAAACUGAUCCCGUCCGGCGCGGGCCGUGAGUGGCUGGAGCGGCGCCGCGCGACCAUCCGGCCCUGGGGCUCCUUCGUGGACCAGCGGCGCUUCUCGCGGCCCCGCAACCUGGGCGAGCUGUGCCAGCGCCUCGUUCGCAACGUGGAGUACUACCAGAGCAACUACGUGUUCGUGUUCCUGGGCCUCAUCCUCUACUGUGUGGUGACGUCCCCCAUGCUGCUGGUGGCUCUGGCAGUUUUCUUUGGCGCCUGCUACAUCCUCUAUCUGCGCACGUUGCAGUCCAAGUUUGUGCUUUUUGGCCGAGAGGUAACCCCAGCCCAUCAGUAUGCUCUGGCUGGGGGCAUCUCCUUCCCCUUCUUCUGGCUGGCCGGUGCAGGUUCUGCCGUCUUCUGGGUCCUGGGAGCCACCCUCGUGGUGAUCGGCUCCCAUGCCGCCUUCCACCAGACCGAGGCUGUGGAUGGGGAAGAGCUGCAGAUGGAGCCUGUGUGAGGGGGACCCUCCAGCCUCCUGAGCCCGCUGCCUUGGCCCCACUUGCCCCUGCCCCGCACCGCCCCGUGCUCCUGGUCAAAGGCCUCCUUGCCAUCCCAAGCCCCGGGGGGGGGG